AUGCUGGCGUUGCGCAAAACGAGAGACGGACCCACCAUCCACUGGGCGCUCGCGCCGGCUGAACCAGGCCCCAACCCCAUGGCAAGCCAGUCCAGUCAAGCCAGCCAAGCCCGUCAAGCCGUGGCCCACUCAAAGUCUGCCGCUGGACUUGCUGGUGACGGCCGCAGCAGCUGCACAACCACUAGCGCCUCUUGGCAAAUUCACACCUUUCCUGCCAGCCCCUCGACUCUUCCCUUCUCUCCUCUCGGGCUUCAUCCUUUCCCCUUCUGCUCUACUGCCCUCCUACCCCCCCCCCCCCCUACUCUCUAUCCUUCCAAUCCUCACUUUCUUCCCCCCCCCCCCUCCUCCUCCUCCACAUCCUUCCUUUAUUCCUGUUCUCUUCCUCCCCAUUUGCAAACCGGGGAUUUCCGGUCACCCUCACCCGCCGGCUUCUCCACACGCGCCCAACUCCGGCCUCCCAUCUCCUGGGCGCAUCCCAAUUCCACCCGCGCCGAUCGCAAGAUCUUGACCACCGCCGGUCGGGCAUCGCGUGUCACCCUGCGUCUAACCUUUUUUGAGACGACAUUGGACCUGCGAUUCCGCCGCCAGGCACUCGCUCUCCGCGUUUCAGCUCUCUACCCGCCGCUGUUUCUCAUCUUCGGGUAG